UCGGAUGGUUAGGUUUUGUCCCUCCUCCUCCCCUUCGCCAGCAGCAGCGUUUAGCCCGGGACUGGACCGAGAUAGAGUUGAGGAAGCGUUGGCGGAGCAGCGGAGGGAUGCUUAUAUUCAUUAAAACAUUCCCAGCGUGUCUAGAGAAGUGAGCAAAGUUCCCAGGAUCGAAAAGGCAUUGGAGAACCUUCUGAACUUGACAAAUUGCUGGAUGUUCUUGAAUGAUUUUUCUGGAAGGCCACAAGGUAGCUGAAAAUUGACGCUGUCUGAACCUACGUCUGGUUUAUAAGGGCUUACCACAAUGGCAACUGGUCUAGCCAAUGUAGGAAGCUCUUUUGGAGGUCCAUCUAAUUCUCUGGUUUCUAGAUCUAAGUUCCAGAGUACCUCCAUAGAAGAUGAUGAUGAUGUUGUAUUUGUUGAACCUGUACAGCCUCCACAAAUCUCUACACCAUUAAUAACAGACCACAGAAAUGUUUUUAAUUCAUCCAGUAAUGAAGAGCAACAUGGAAAUGACCCUAAAAUAUCAGCUCCGUCAAAAGACCUGAGCUCUCAAAAGGGAAGUAUAACUGAGACUAUUAUUAUUGAUGAUGAAGAAGACAUUGAAACAAAUCAGGGACAAGAGAGAAAUGAUUCCAAUUUCAAUGAAAGAAGAUUUCCAGAGGGUAAAAACAGAACCAGUGAGAUGGAAUUCUCAACACCCAGUUUUUCAAGAUGUAAGGUAAAUGCAGGAAUAGGUAAUAGUGGUAUAACCACAGAACCAGACUCUGAAAUUCAAAUAGCUAAUGUUACUACAUUAGAAAGAGGUAUGAGCUCUGUGAGUGUUGGCCGUUUAGAAAAUACUGAAGGGCGUGACAUGAACUUAAUGAUUACACAUGUAACAUCACUACAGAAUACCAACUUGGGAGAUGUAUCUAACGGACUGCAGUCAAGUAAUUUUGGUGUUAAUAUACAAACAUACACCCCAUCUUUAACUUCACAGACCAAGACUGGUGUAGGACCUUUCAAUCCUGGUAGAAUGAACGUAGCUGGUGAUGUCUUUCAGAAUGGGGAAUCUGCAACUCAUCAUAACCCUGAUUCCUGGAUAUCUCAGUCAGCUUCAUUUCCAAGGAAUCAGAAGCAACCAGGUGUAGAUUCCCUGUCACCUGUGGCAUCUCUUCCCAAACAAGUCUUCCAACCACCUGCACAACAGCAGCCUUCAAAGCAGGUUAAAGUUACAUGUGCUAACUGCAAAAAACCUUUGCAGAAGGGCCAGACUGCAUAUCAGCGGAAAGGAUCUGUUCAUCUUUUUUGUUCUACUACUUGCCUUUCAUCAUUUUCGCAUAAACCAGCUCCAAAGAAACUCUGUGUUAUGUGCAAAAAAGACAUAACAACAAUGAAAGGAACCAUUGUUGCUCAGGUUGAUUCAAGUGAAUCUUUCCAGGAGUUUUGCAGUACAUCAUGUUUGUCUUUCUAUGAAGACAAACAGAAUCCCUCAAAAGGAAUCUUAAAUAAGUCAAGAUGCACUAUCUGUGGUAAACUCACUGAGAUACGCCAUGAAGUUAGCUUUAAAAACAUGACUCAUAAGCUGUGUAGUGAUCACUGCUUCAAUCGAUACCGAAUGGCAAAUGGUUUAAUCAUGAAUUGUUGCGAGCAUUGUGGAGAAUACCUUCCAAGUAAAGGUGCAGCAAACAAUAUCCUUAUGGUUGAUGGAGAGCCGAAAAGAUUCUGUUGCCAAAGCUGUGUUAGUGAAUACAAACAGAAAUAUGGCAAAUUAACAGCUUGUACUGGUUGCAGAGCUCAGUGCAGGUUUUUUGACAUGACACAGUGCAUAGGAGCUAAUGGAUAUAUGGAGCCAUACUGCUCAACCACAUGCAUGAACACACACAAAUCAAAAUAUGCAAAAUCACAAAGUUUGGGAAUUGUUUGCCAAUUUUGUAAGCGAAACUCUUUACCUCAGUAUCAAGCCACAAUGCCUGAUGGAAUACUGUACAACUUUUGCAGUUCCAGUUGUGUAGCUAUAUUUCAGACUCUUAGUGUACCAUCUUCAACCAAUGGCCAGUUUGUGGCUCCAAGCGAUAUUCAGUUGAAAUGCAAUUAUUGUAAAAAUACUUUCUACUCAAAGCCUGAAGUACUGGAAUGGGAAAACAAAGUGUACCAGUUUUGCAGUAGAAUUUGUUCUGAUGACUAUAAGAAGCUACAUUGUAUAGUAACGUACUGUGAAUACUGCCAAGAGGAGAAGACUUUGCAUGAAACGGUGAAAUUUUCUGGUAUCAAGAGACCAUUCUGUAGUGAAGGUUGCAAGCUGCUAUAUAAACAAGAUUUUGCAAGACGGUUAGGAUUACGCUGUGUUACUUGCAAUUAUUGUUCUCAACUCUGUAAAAAGGGAGCAUCUAAGGAACUUGAUGGAGUAGUAAGAGAUUUCUGUAGUGAAGAGUGUUGCAGAAAAUUUCAAGACUGGUACUAUAAGGCUGCAAGAUGUGACUGCUGUAAAAUUCAAGGAACUCUUAAAGAGAAAGUACAGUGGAGAGGGGAAAUGAAGCACUUUUGUGAUCAGCAUUGCCUUCUGCGUUUCUACUGUCAACAAAACGAACCGAAUAUGGCAACACAAAAAGGACCAGAAAACUUACAUUAUGAUCAAGGUUGCCAAACUCCCCGAACAAAAAACACAGGAUCAGCCCUACCUCCUUCCCCUACACCAAACAAAGAAAUGAAGAACAAAGCAGUUCUCUGCAAACCACUAACAAUGACAAAAGCUACAUUCUGUAAACCCCACAUGCAAACAAAAUCUUGUCAGACAGAUGAUGACUGGAAAAAAGAAUAUGUCCCUGUGCCUGUUCCAGUACCUGUAUAUGUACCUGCUCCUAUGCAUAUGUAUAGUCAAAAUGUUCCAGUUCCUACAACGGUUCCUGUUCCAGUUCCAGUUCCAAUUUUUCUGCCUACCACACUGGAUAGCAGUGAGAAGAUACUUGAAGCAAUAGAAGAACUAAAAAACAAAAAUCCUCCCAGGCCUGAAGAGGCUUCAAACUCAUUGAAUGUAACAGAAGUUUCUGAAAAAAAAGAGCAUGUAGAACCUGCAGAGCUCAAAAAUGUAAUAACUGAUACAGAACUGCUUAAUUCUGUGGCAGAAACACAGAUGAGCUUGCCUGAUGUUCCAUAUGAGCCAGGUCUUGAUAUCGAGGUCGAUUUUCCUAGAGCAACGGAAGAACUUGACACAGAGAAUGAAUUUUUGCUGCCACCUGUCUUUGGAGAAGAAUACGAGGAACAGCCAAGACCUCGAAGUAAAAAGAAGGGAGCAAAGAGAAAAGCAGUGUCAGAAGACCAUUCUCAAGAUGAUGGCUCUGAGAACUCAGAGUGCAGUUUUCCUUUCAAGUAUGCAUAUGGUGUAAAUGCAUGGAAACACUGGGUAAAAACUAGGAACCUAGAGGAAGAUCUGCCAGUAUUAGAUGAGCUGAAAUCAACAAAGUCAGUAAAAUUGAAAGAAGAUAUAAUAUCUCAUACUUCUACUGAGCUAAAUUUUGGGCUGGCACACUUUGUAAAUGAAGUCCGAAGACCAAACGGAGAAAACUAUGCACCUGACAGUAUCUAUUAUUUGUGUCUUGGGAUUCAGGAAUACCUGAAUGGAAGCAAUCGAGAAGAUAAUAUCUUUUUGGAUACUAAUUAUCAUACAUUUGUGCAGGAAAUAAAUAAAAUACUCAGAAGCUGGCAGCCCAGCAUACUUCCAGAUGGUUCAAUAUUUUCUCGAGUUGAGGAGGACUAUCUCUGGAAGAUUAAACAGCUGGGAUCCCAUUCUCCAACUGCUCUUUUAAAUACACUAUUUUACUUCAACACCAAGUAUUUUGGUCUGAAAACAGUGGAGCAGCACUUAAGACUUUCCUUUGGCACUGUUUAUAGACAUUGGAAGAAGAAUCCUCUAACGAUGGAAAGCAAAGCUUGUCUCAGAUAUCAGGUUUCCUCCCUGUGUGGAACAGAUAAUGAAGAAGAUAAAAUUACUACUGGAAAAAGGAAGCAUGAAGACGAUGAGCCAGUAUUUGAACAAAUGGAAAACACCGCCGAUCCUUCUAGAUGUCCUGUGAAAAUGUUUGAAUGCUAUUUAUCUAGGAGCCCAUCAAAUCUCACUCAGAGAACGGAUGUGUUCUAUUUGCAGCCAGAUUGCCCAGUAUCUUCCGAGAGUCCCAUUUGGUACACCUCCACUUCAGUGGACCGCAAUACUUUGGAAAAUAUGCUUGUACGGGUUCUUUUAGUAAAAGAUAUUUAUGAUAAAGACAAUUACGAACUGGAUGAAGACAUAGAUUAAACACUUCCCAAAUUCAAGAAAACACAACAGCAUUAGCUAGUCAAGCUGCUAGAUUUUUAUUAUGGAAAAAAAUAAAACAUUUCAAGUUUACUCUUUGUUUAAUAUGUUUUGUAGCAGUGUACCCUCUGCUGGGUAUUACCAUGUAUAUAAUCUGUGAGAGAAAAUGGCCAUUAUUCUGCAUAGUGGUUUUAGGAUACUUAACAAACACAUUCAUUUUUAAUUAUUAUUUAUUUGGUUAGAUAUGUUUGUAACUUUUUACAUUUCAAAAUUUGAAUGAGAAUGUGCCAUGUGUAAUAUUCGGGGGGGAGGGUAUCAUAGUAAGCAACAUCCAUAUUGCACAACAUCACUGUUGCAGAGCUUCCUUGAGAGAGUUGGGGCUUUUACUGGGUUCUGAAACCAGGUAGUUGUGUAUGCAUAGCACUACUAAAGUUUAGGACUUGCUGUGUAUUUCCGAAUUUUUUAAAUAAAUUGUAAACUAAUAGGUUUUUUACUCUUAGUUACUGAUGCCUUAUGAGGUGAUGUAGAGAGGUUCCAUCUUAUGUACCAAAAAUAGAAAAAAAGAGAAUGCUGUCAAUAUUGAUGUACUGUAAUGUGAAUCAAUGCUGGUGAAAAUUACUUUUUUUGGGUUGCUCUUAUUAAAAAAAAAAAAUCUUAGUAUCCUUCCUUAUUUGUGACUCUCUGAAUUUGAACUUACAAAUAGAGUGUAUUUUAGAUAAGAGCACAAGCGGGGAAAAAAUGUAUCCAUCUAGAUUUUGGCCUUGGGUAGGAUGCAAACUGCAAAAAUUUUGUUUGAAUCUUUACUUAACUAAAAUACAUAUAUCUUGUUUUGUUAAUAUUCUUUAUGCUUUUCUUCAGUAUAUACACAGGAAGGCAUACCCAAGAAUAAAUAAAACAAAUACAACAACAAAUAAGUAGCAUAGAACAGCCAGUUAAAACUUGGCAGCAAUAUAACAUAAUAAUUUCAAUUGGAAGAAAUAAAAGCAGCUUUGGCAUUGGAAAGAUAGCAAAAGGUAGGUGUUGAGAAAGCCCCUUGCGGGAGAAAAUUCUAUAAACUAGGCAUCCACUGAUGAUAAUUGCUCUGCUAUCUUCAUUAACAUAGGUUACAGUAUAAAAUACAUGCAAUUCUAUAAAUGAAGUCCUUACUUUGUUGCAUGUACUUAUAAAUUCAUUUCUCUUCACUCUCUACAAUCAGUGUUCCCCAUCAUGUGGAAUAUUUCUUGUGCAGGUGUGAGCUAUAUGAAUGGCUGCUGCAGAAUUCCAACAAGUUCAGCACAAAUUCAGCAGCUGCCUUUUGCCUUUUGUAAGUAUCCACACAGAAAUGCCUUGCACAAAGAGAAAGGGGUUCAGGGAUGUGCAGCAGUUUUUGGCUCUCAUUCCUUCUCUGUGGCUUCAUGGAGUCCAAUUCUGAAAGGUUUUUCAGGCAACAAGAGAUGCUGCAAUGGGAAGAGUUGGGGCCCCAGCACAUUACUAGUAAUGUGUGGCCCCAUGGAGCCUCAUGCCUUUUCGUAACAUUGAACCAGGGGCAUCUACAGGGGUGAGAGUCAAAACAGUCAAGAUGGUGGUGGCAAUCUCACAAAGUCCUGCUCCUUCUUAUGUGAGGAGUGGGGUGCCAUCCUGACUUUUUUGGGUAGUCCCCCUGCCCCGAUGCUUCUGGUAUAAUCUUAUACUUGCACAUAAGAAUUAUGCAGUUGUGUUUGCUUGUUGCUUGCCCCCCUUUUUAGGUUAUAUAUUGGAUCUUUAUUACCAGAUGUUUUCUUCAGUGCAGUACAGAAAUACUCAGCAUGCAAACAAUUUCACAUUAAAAAUGAUUGUUGAAAGGGUGUCUUGCUGAUCUCCAUCAUUUAGUAAAUGACCAACAGUGGACCAGUAUGAGGCAGAGCUACGUAGUCUCAAACGUGCUAAAUUCCUUGGAGUGAACAUGGCAGGUAGGAAUUGGCACUCCGUCAUAAAUGUUCAUAAAAGGAAUCAUGAUUUCUAUAACUUGAAAAUACUUAGUAUCUCACCAGGAGUGCUUUGACAUAUGUCCCUGCAGUAGAACCAGAACAUUGAGGUAGAAUGUGUACACCGUGUAUAAUGACUGUACAUCCAGGAUUAUGGAAGAUUCCCAUGAUAGUAGUGAUGUUGGGAGCUGGGGUGGGGACACCACAAUUGAGCAUUUUAUUAUCUACGUAAUUGCUUUUGCCACAAAGUUGUAGUACUUUAAAAGUAGCUAAUUGAUUUGUGGUCCAAGUUUUCAUGUAACACAUCGCCUGCUUAUUUUUGUGUUUUUUUCAGUUUAAGAAUGUGCUAACAAAAAUCAAGUGAUAGCCAUUUUUCAUUUCAAGGAUGCUACUAUAUCCCAGUCACAGUUAGGGACAAAGCAACUUUAUUCAAGCCAGAGUAACCAAACUGUAGAGGUGAUUCUUUUGAAACUAUUGUGGAAAUCAAAAGUCUAGCACCUGUGUGGGGAUUUUAAAGACACAUCAGGGCACUGAAAACAAGAAACAAAAUGAUAACUGAAGAACAGAAUAAUGUUAAGUCAAGAAAACACAUAACCCCAUGUUUUUACUCUGCAUGGAGACUUAAAUGUUAGCUAUAUUGAUAAUAGCAUGCUAAAAUAAUCUUCAGGAUUAUACAUUAAAAAAUAUGCUUUUUAAGAUCCAUACUAGAAAUUGUGCUGUUUAUCUUUUUUCCCUGCAGUUCUUUUAUUACCAUUAUGUCAUUCUUAUGGUAGGCAUUAAAAGUUAUGUUUCUUUAGUAUCAAUUCAAUGUGCUCAUAGAAAAAUAGCUAAAAUGUAUUAUUUUCUACUGCAGUAUUUUAUUGCAUCAAAUUAAUUAGUAAAAGAAGAAAAACUAUAUGCUGAAACAGUUAACAUAAUAAUAAAAUAUUGAAAUUCACCCUGCCACCCACAUAGCUGGAGGGUAGGGAAGGCCCGGCAAUUUGACUAUAUUACUUGAAAAGGCUCUCCUGGCCUCUAUCAGAAAACAGUAGUUCAAAUUAUAAAAAAAAAACACACGUGUCAGAAAUCCAUUCUUGCAACUGAAGUAUAGAAUUGUCCUUCCAGCAUUGAGUGUUUUUAGUGCUUUCCAUACCUAAAGAGUCUAUGGUUCUUGAUGUUGGAUUGAUUCCAAAUGCUGGGUAUAUAGUCAAGCAGAAUAUGUGUCUUUAAUCAGCAAGGAUCAAUCUAGACACGUGUUUCUCAACCUUGGUGACUUUAAGUUGUGUGGACUUCAACUC